CGCCUCCAAAGCUCAGUCUGAGAAGCUGGUUGAUGAUCAAACCCAUUCAGUGGUGCUGAGACGCUGAGAUGAUGCUGCGUGUACCAUUCCUGCUGUCGCUCCUGUCUGUGCCGGGACUCUCCGCCUCCACAGAGAACCUCGCAGCCGGAGCCAAAGCGGUGCAGUCGUCUACAUACGACAGCUUGGGAGACGCUCCGAACGCUGUGGAUGGAAACAGUAACACUGACUACCUGCAGUGCUCAUGCAGUCACACUCAUUUCGAUGUGAAUCCCUGGUGGAGGGUGGAGCUGCCCACUGUCUACAAUGUGACCUCAGUGACCAUCACCAACCGCGGAGACUGCUGUGGAGACCGGAUCAACGGAGCUCAGAUUCGGAUCGGCAACAGCCUCCAGAACAACGGCAACGACAACAAACUAGUCGCUGUGAUUGGCCCUCUCGGCUCUGAGGUCACAAAAACCUACAGGUUCAGAGCCACAGAGGGUCGCUAUGUUAAUAUUUUCCUACCAGGAGAGAACAAGAUACUCACUCUGUGUGAGGUGGAGGUGUUCGCAGAUGAAGAAUUCAGGCCUGAGUCUCUUUACCUCUACGAUAAAAAUGACCUGAAUAACGUUGCUCUCAGAGGAAGAGCCACCCAGUCCAGCGUCCAUUUCUCUGAGAUAUCGCCUGGUUUCGGACUUGCCCUAAACGGCAUCGAUGGGAACCGAAAUUCGGACCUGAAGAAGGGCUCCUGCAUGCGAACAGAACAGGAGAGCACCCCCUGGUGGAGGUUGAGUCUGCCUCGUAAACACAUUGUCUUUUCCGUGGCCCUGACCAACCGAGGUGACUGCUGUCCAGAACUCUUGGAUGGUGCCGAGAUCCGGGUUGGUGAUUCCCUAAAGAACGACGGGAAAGAUCAUCCACUCUGCGCCACUGUGUCCUCCAUCCCUGCCGGACAGACGGAGUACUUUAACUGCAGCGCUCUGCUGGAGGGCAGCUACGUGACCGUGUCUCUGCCCCGAGAGGGAACUCUGAGUCUGUGUGAGGUGGAGGUGUUUGGGGUUCCAGUCGUCCGGUGCAGAGAUGGAAUCUAAUCACUAAUUAAUUACUGCCCUGUGAAAAUGUCCAUUUGUGUAGUAUGGACCCUGUGAUUGUGUCAGAAACUGCUGUGACUCUAAAUAAAUUCUGGAUUCCACCUUC